AUACAUAUUCAGGAUAUCUUCUUGUUCAGAAGAACAGCUAAGUCGUAAAUAUCCCAUAAGCAGAUAAGCUAAGAGCGCAUUGAUACAUAUUCAGGAUAUCUUCUUGUUCAGAAGAACAGCUAAGUCAUGAAUAUCCACACACCUCUUGCAUGAGUACUGUAACAAGAGGCCAUGGCUGAAUUUUGGAAGUUAGCCAGUUAGGAUUAAGAGUUCUUCCAGGCAAAACAAAAUGUCAGGAACCAUAUUUUCCCUCUCCGUUUCUCAAAAGAAAAAAAAGGAACCAUCUCGAAGCUAAUAGCAACAGUUUGCACUGCCCAAUCACUUGGGAGAACCUGAGUCCCUAAGACCCUAAGCGCAACAAUAGCUGCCCAGCUUCUAACAUUAUACUAAAUGCAGCUAAACAGUGCAGUACACCCCUCACGUGAGAAUCGAGAGCUGGAGUUAACACGCGAGCAGAAGCCUCAUUUCAAUCCGGAGAGCGUCGACAAGCCUUUACCCGCCCCCAAACUCUUCGUCUCCUCCUCCAGCUCCGCCCAACACCGCUACUCAGGACACUCCACCCCACUCAAAAGCAACUCUGAUGACCAACUUCCCUGCUCCACAGCACGACCCAGAGGGAGAUAAGAUGGCCAACCUUGUGGAGCAGAAUAUAAUGGCCAACCUAGUGGAGCAGAAUAUGCAUCAUCUCCCACAGCAAGAUGACCCGGUGACCAUCAACCAAAUUGAUGAGCAAGAAAGAGAAGUAUCGAUCUCACCAUGUAACCAGUCUGUUGCCCUUUUCAUUCGGGGUGGCACAUCGGCGCAGCAAGUGGUGCUUCAGAAACAUGAUUUGAUGCUGAUAGAUGAAGCUCAGCCCCAGGAAUUUCCGCAAUGGAUCCCUUCUUUUGUAACUCAGAAGUUGAAGGACCUCAUGAACACAGCUCUCCCAGCAAAUAAGGAUCAAGCAUGGUGGAACAACCUGCCUUUCAAUCCAGUCAGAAUCAAUUUGCAGCUUAUGGGGCCGGAUCAACAAAGCAUAAGCCUGUCACUACAAGCUCCAAUGUCUUCUGGCCAGGCAUCUACAUCUUCUUCUUAUCAAAGGGUAGAAUAUGACUACCCCAAAGAAUAUUUGCUGGCAGUAACAAGGAUUCGCCUGACUGAUCCCUCUUCCUCAAAAGAAGCUGAGCAUCCUGCUACUCACCAGUCCACCACGCAGCCACAGGCUCUCUCUCUACUGGAGAUGGGUACCCCUGCUCCUGCUACUGAAGAUAAGGUUUACCAAAAGAGAAGAUUCAAGCUGCAGCAGGACUUAAAACUGAAGCUCAACAAGAGAGCAAGAAGCAGAGUCAUCAGGAAACGGCAAACAACAGCAGAUAUUGCAGCCUUGCUUCAGCUUGUCCCAGUUCACAGCAAAGACCAAGAACACCAAAACAAGGGGAAAGGAAAAGUAAAUGAGGGAACUCCAAUGGACACAACAGACCUUAGAAGAAGCCACAGGUUGCAGAUCUUGAAUCAAGGUUACAAGCCGGGUUCUACAACCCAACAAGGUUCCCGACAUUAUCAGACACCUGUCAUGCCAUCCUCCCCAUCAGCAUCACCUCAGCAACAUCAAAGCAAUAUCAACAACUUCUCAUCGGAGGAAUUCCCUGGCCCUGUCAAAUUUCCUGAACUGGCUGAUCUCCAAAAUUUGUCGGCACCCUACCCUAUGAUUCCUCCACAGGCCAUCCAAGUUGUGGCAAAGGAGACAUAUGGCAUACCUCCUGUGGAGGUGUCCCUAGAUUUGUUGAUGAAGUCACAAACAGAUUGUUGAUGGCCAUGGCGACUAACAAUAAUAAUAGGUCCUGGAACAUUCUCAAUUGGAAUAUCAGAGGGAUAAAUGAAGAGGAUAAAUGUAAAGCAGUUAAGGAAAAAAUAGAAGAAAGUGUGGCAGUUGUGUACUGCAUCCAGGAAACAAAGAGAACAAGUUUCGAUCCUUUCUUUGUAAAAAAAUUUGCUCCCCGACGUUUCAACAAAUUCGUUUACUCCCCCUCUAGAGGGGCAUCAGGUGGCAUUAUUAUGGGCUGGAAUGAGUCAAUCUUCACGGGUCAAGUUGUGGAAAUCAAUUUGUUUGGUAUCACAGUCCAUUUCACCUCCAACCACAACAAUGACAUAUGGACCCUAACCACAGUUUACGGCCCAAGUCAUGGACCUGACAGGGAUUCCUUCAUAGAUUGGAUAAAUAACUUAAACAUCAGCCCUUCAGAAAACUGGAUUAUUGUAGGAGACUUCAAUUUUUACAGAUCCCCAGAAGACAGAAACCGACCGGGGGGGAAUUUCCAAGAUAUGAAUACUUUCAACUCCAUCAUUAGCAAUCUUGGCAUCAUAGAGAUCCCACUCAAGGGAAGAAACUAUACUUGGAGUAAUAUGCAGGACAAUCCUCUCUUGGAGCAGCUGGACUGGUGCUUCACCUCUCUAAACUGGACAAUGGCCUUCCCAAACACCUUGAUGUUGCCUUUAGCUCACCAUACUUCAGAUCACGUCCCAUGCAUGGUUCAAAUUGGCACUUCAAUACCGAAAGCAAAGAUUUUCAGAUUUGAAAAUUUCUGGGUGGAGCAUCCUGGUUUCUUUGAUGUGGUUCAAGGGGCCUGGAAUGUUGAAGUCAGAUCCUCUUCUAGUGCAACUAUGGUGGCUGCUAAAUUCAAGAAUCUGAGGAGAGCUUUGAAAAGAUGGAGUAAAGGGCUGUCUAAUUUCAAAAUCAAAAUUCAGAACUGCAACAGGGUUUUAGAAGUACUGGAUAAGCUUGAAGAAAAUAGAAGGCUCUACUUACAUGAGGCCAAUUUCAGAAAUAUCUUGAAAAAUCAUGUCUCUAGGCUGAUAAGGUACAAGAAUACUUAUUGGAAACAAAGGUACACGAGCAGAUGGGUGGUUCUAGGGGAUGAGAAUACUAAAUUUUUUUCACUCCGCUGCAACUGAACGGUAUAGAAUUAACACAAUUUCAAGUCUACAACUCCCUAGUGGUAAUUUAGUGGUUGGGCAUAAUGAAAAAGCAGCCUUGUUAUGGGAAGCCUUCAAGGAAAGAAUGGGACAAAGUGAUAACCCAGAAUUGUUAUUUGAUCUGAGCGCUCUCAUCACUGGUUUUCAGAAUCUGGAUUCCCUGAUGGAGCCUUUCACUAAAGAAGAGAUUGACGAUAUUGUUAAGUCCAUACCUGCAGACAGAGCUCCAGGACCAGAUGGUUUCAAUGGUUUUUUCCUCAAAAAAUGCUGGCAUAUUGUAAAGGAGGAUAUCUAUAAGCUUUGUUUUGAUUUCUACAAUGGCAUAGUGGACUUACAGCCCAUCAACAAUUCUUAUAUCACCUUGGUACCAAAGAUCAACAAUCCUUCCAGGGUCAAUGACUACAUGCCAAUCUCUCUUCUAAACAUAGUUCUCAAAAUCUUGACUAAGCUUUUGGCAAACCGGCUACAACCUUUUCUUCUAAAGAUGGUUCACCAAAACCAAUAUGGUUUUAUAAGAAACCGAACAAUCCAAGAUUGUUUAGCUUGGGCCUAUGAGUAUCUUGCACAAUGUCACAAGUCCAAAAAGGAAAUUGUGAUCCUAAAGCUAGACUUUGAGAAGGCAUUUGAUAAGAUUGAGCAUCAGACAAUCACUGCCAUGCUUAAUAGUCUUGGUUUUCCAGAAAAAUGGAUUGGAUGGGUGCAGACUGUCUUGAGAUCAGGAUCCUCCUCGAUUCUUUUAAAUGGAACGCCAGGGAAAACUUUUCACUGCAAAAGAGGGGUCAGACAAGGUGACCCCCUAUCCCCCCUUCUGUUUGUUCUUGCAGCAGAGCUUCUCCAAUUUAUAGUCAAUAGGGCAGCAACUAUGGGGCUCCUGUCAAACCCCCUUCAUCCUACUUCUGCACAUGACUUCCCAGUUGUUCAGUACGCAGAUGACACCAUCUUGAUCAUGAAAGCCUCUCAGCAAGAGCUUUUUUGUCUAAAAGGAAUCUUGCAUUCUUUCUCGGAGUCAACAGGCCUCAAGGUAAAUCACAGCAAAUCUUGCCUCAUCCCCAUAAAUAUUCACCAAGAAAAGGCUGAGCAAUUGGCUGCGGUAUUUGGAUGUCAACUAGGAUCUAUGCCUUUCACCUACCUUGGCCUACCGAUGGGCACAACAAAACCGAAGGUUGAGGAUUAUGCACCACUGAUUUCCAAAGUGGAAAGAAGACUGUCUGCGACCUCCUAUUGGCUGUCUACCGCUGGCAAGCUAACCUUAGUUGAUGCAGUUCUAACGGCAAUGCCGACCUAUGCUAUGUGCACUUUAAAGCUUCCUGCUACAGUCAUCAAAGCCAUUGACAGAGCAAGAAAAGAUUGCCUGUGGAGAAAGAAUGACGGUUCUGGUAAACCCCUAAUUGCUUGGUCUAAAGUAACUACUCCCAAGAAAAAUGGAGGGCUAGGGGUCAAAAACCUAAGAAUCCAAAACCAAGCUUUGCUCAUCAAACAUCUGCAUAAAUUUUAGAAUAAAAUGGAAGUCCCUUGGGUUCAGCUUGUUUGGACAGCUUACUAUGGUAAUGGUGCAGUGCCACAUGCAACCAGAUUGAAAGGGUCUUUUUGGUGGAAGGAUGUUAUGGAAUCGAUUGAUCAUUUCAGAGGGAUUGCAGCUCCUUGGACUGGAAAUGGGAGUACUUUCCUGCUCUGGCAGGAUAUCUGGAAUGGGCAAAUGCUUCAGUCUAAAUUCCCCCAUUUAUUCACUUAUGCUACUAACACCAAUAUCACUCUAGCCACUUAUCUGAAUAACCAGGACAUUCAAGCAAACUUCCAGCUCCCUCUAUCUCAAGUGGCAAUGGAAGAAUUUCACAGUUUCAAUGAUUACAUUCAUAGUCAGAUGCAAAAUUUACAAGGUAAUGAUGUCUGGACCUACAGCUGGGGCAAUGCGAUCUACUCUUCACAAAAAAUUAUACAAGAAAGCUUUCACAUCAAUCACACCACCUGAUCCUUUCAGGUGGAUCUGGAGGACAAAACUCAGUAAAAAAAUAAAAGUUUUCAUCUGGCUACUUCUCCGAGACAGAAUUAAUUCUAGAAACCUUCUAAAGAGAAAGCACUUCAUUGAUGAGAAUGAGGAGGCAAACUGUGUGAUGUGUCAUCCGGCACCAGAAGAAACAACUUAUCACCUCGUUUUCCAAUGCCCUUUCAGUGAACUUUGCUGGGACUUUCUGCAUAUUGGCUGGGACCACACUCUAGACUUCUUCCAAACCAUGAUCAAAGCACAACAGGAUUUUGGGCAACCUUUCUUCAUGGAGGUUUUCUCUAUUGCAGCCUGGGAAAUAUGGAAGCAAAGAAAUGGUUACAUCUUUAGAAACAAAAUUCCUAGUUUUCAAGCUUGGAAGACUUGCUUCAUCGAUACCAUUAAAUGGCAGUUGCUUAGGUGUAAAGAAUCAGAGCGUUCUGUAGUGCUAGCGUGGCUAGAUUCAAUUUAGUUUCCUUCCUUUUUUCUUUCAAUCCCCUCCCUCUUUCUCUCGGUUUGUACAGUUUCUAACCCUAACUUGUAUUCUUUCCUUUUUUAAUAUAUAUAUUUAUACCACAGUAGGGGUUUUCCCCUACUGUUUUCCCCUUCAAAAAAAAA